CUGUACGCUCUGCGUUAUGCCCAUUAGCACUAUUUCACUCCAGGACCAGUAUUGCGAAGAGUGUCCUUGUAUAUACGCGACGAUCGCAACAUGAAAUGAAACGUAAAAAGGCAUACCACACCUCUUGACCCACCUACAUUACUUUUAAGUUUACCUUAGGAAGAUAAUAACCAUUUGGAAAAGGUUAUUAGGAGAAUCCAAGAAAACAAUGGGGUAUGAAAAUACUUUGAAGACUAUAAAGUGCCAUAUAUUCCAAAUGCUUCAUCUAUUUUGAGAGUUCUCUCUUGGGAUCCCUGCCAAGUUUUGGACUGUUCCGCCUGACUCCACCCUGGAGAGUCCUUUUGAAGAAAUGGCCCUGGUGAAGGGUGGCUGGCUGUGGAGACAGAGCUCCAUCCUCCGCCGCUGGAAGCGGAACUGGUUUGCCCUGUGGAUGGACGGAACCCUGGGCUACUACCACGACGAGACUGCCCUGGAUGAGGAAGACCGCGUGCUCAUCCACUUCAAUGUCCGAGACAUAAAGAUUGGCCAGGAGUGCCGUGAUGUGCAGCCCCCAGAGGGGCGGAGCCGAGAUGGCCUGCUGACCGUGAACCUUCGGGAAGGUGGCCGCCUGCACCUGUGUGCGGAGACGCAGGAUGAUGCCAUAGCAUGGAAGAAGGCGCUGCUGGAGGUGAACUCUACCCCGGCCCCAGCUGGAGCCACGGUACUGCCCAGGAGCCGCCGGGUUUGCCCCAAGGUCAGGUGUGUGACCCGAACAUGGAGUCCCUGUAAGGUUGAGAGGCGGAUCUGGGUACGUGUCUACAGCCCCUACCAGGACUACUAUGAAGUGGUGCCCCCCAACGCACAUGAGGCUACUUAUGUUCGCAGCUACUAUGGACCACCCUAUGCAGGCCCUGGCGGCGUGACGCACGUGGUAGUGCGGGGGGAUCCCUGCUACAGUUCUGGCGCCCCACUGGCCAUGGGCAUGCUUGCUGGGGCUGCCACCGGUGCAGCGCUCGGCUCCCUCAUGUGGUCUCCAUGCUGGUUCUGAGCCUCAGGACUCUGUGCUUGACCCUGUGCAUAGACCAACAGAUCCCUCUUCCUCUUAGACCCACCCUUCACAAUCUAAGCCCAGGUCCCACUUUGACUCCUUUCUCUUCACUAGCCCCUUCUGGGUUAGGACCAACCCUUCCACUUUCCCUGCCUGCAAACGUAAAAAAACAUCCCUGGCACAAACAGCUCAAAGCCCUCAUAUUCACCACCAAACACCCCAGAAAUCCAUUAUGGACACACAUGUAUAUAUAUUUUUUCCCAAAACACACCAGGCAGGACACAGAAAACACAACUCAUUUGACUUAAAGUUACCCAGCACUGGGGACAAACAUGAGUCAGGUUCUUUCCUCCUACAGAAGGGAAUAAACAAAAAUCUUGACAAGGCUAUUUGUCUUUUAGCAUUUGAGGGCAGAGAGUGAGGAAGGUGGGCUAGGAGUAUAGUUGUUGCAAGGCUGCGGAGCAGAGAGUAGUUACUAUUGAUUCACUGGAUGUGGCAUCAAUGAAUUAAAGGGGAAUUCAGUUGGACUUGGGUGGGGACAGGUGUCAGAUCAUGAUGAACCUCCAGGAUAAGAGGUAGCUGGGAAGGGGGAGAUGUGAGCUUUUUGGGAGGGGCAUUUCAUAAUUGCACCUAUAAUGAAUAUAUUGCUUGUAUUAAUAUUGACACAUACACAAACCCAAAACACUCGAGUUUAGCCCCAUCCUUCCCACUAUCAGUUUCCUGGAUCCCCUGUCCCCUCAGUGCUUAGAAAGUACCUCUUUCCAUAUCAGGGUGGCUGGGGCAGUCAUUGAGAUGAAACUGUGGUUCCCUUUGCUGGGCGGGAGAGGGGGACAGCUAAGCUGUUUGGGACCUCCAGCACUCGGAUGGUGCCUCCAUUAAGAAAGACAUUUCUGGUCCUCAGGAGUUUGACCCUCUGUCCAUAGCUGUGGUUGUCACUAUCUCAGGCUUUGUCUCUUCCUUCACUCUGGGGGAGAUGGCAUUGUUUAUAUCUGUGGCCUGAUCUUUGUGUCAGUCUGGAAGACACCAUGUGUUCUUCCUGUAGGUGGCCCAGCAGUCUCCCCACUUGACCCCCUUCUGCUCCCCUCCCAUUAUGUCCUUAUCACCAACAAAAAUGCUAACAUCCUUGCUCAGUAUCCAGAGUAGCCUGCUACAGUUCCCUUGUAGAUGGGGGGUUCAUUGGCCUUGCUGCAGAGACUAAUAAAGGUGUGGU